AUGUCUAGGGUUAUGUGUUUGACCGAUGUUCCAGAUGUUGGACAAAUAUUAUCAUUUUAUAAAUUUCGUUUGUAUAAAAAUUACGAAUUAGUUAAAGCAAUGGUUACAAAAAAUAAUUUUAUGCGUGAUGAAAUUUUACAAAUAUACCGUACAUUAGGACGACAUUUAAUUUAUAAUGUACAAGAAAGUUUUAAGCCAGCUUUAAGUACAGUAACAUGGACAUCAUUAUUAAUUUCUGAAUUUUGUGGUAGUAUGGAUGUAUUGUUGGAUCGAGUCCAUGGUUUUUUUAAACGGGUAACAGAUAUAAAGGAUGCAAGAGUUGAUCCAACAUUAGAUUCCAUACGCAAUAUGAUAUUAAUCGAACUACCUACCUACGCUGUUGAUUCCAAGGAAUUACUAAAGAGUUUCUUAGAGAAUUCAUUAGCGUUUGGUGCGGAAUUAGCAAAAAAAUCGAAUGCCUGUGAAUUGUCCGUUAUUGAAUUGGUGAAUGAAUUUAUGAAUAUUAUUGAUAUACCAGAUUUUAAAGAUAUACGAUAUCAAUGGUUAAAUGUUAAACGAGCGUUAAAAACGGAUGAAUCAUUACCACGCUUAAAAGUUUCUUUGGAUAAUGUUUAUCAUGAAAUUGAUCUAAGUACCUUACAAGAUUGCAAUCAAGUGCAUAGUGACGCAAUGGAUUUGUUUCUAUAUUUCAGUCAUCGUUGUGUGGAAUUUAUUAUAUCUUGUAUGCGAGACACAUUUGAUGUGUUUCGAAAACGUGUUGUGGCCGACCGUGAGAAUAAAAUUACCGUUCCAAUUGUUCAAACUUACAUGGAACUGUUGAUACCAGAUUUUACAAUAAAACCCCCACUAGAAGAUAUGGAUGCUGAUUUACAAAAAUGUGUACAAUGUGUUAUAAGUAUAGCAAAAAUGGUACCUGUUUGGGGACAAAAUAGGCCAGGAGAACCAAAGAAAAAAAUUAAUCCAGAUAUUAUACUUGAAUACGAUGAGCGAGAUGAACUUAUUAAAACAUUUGUGGAGUCAGAACCAACUAUUGUGGAGAUACGUGAAGAAUUUUUAAAAUAUCGGAGGAAUUUACAAGAGGUUCUAGAUAUUGAAGCUGAUAUUGUGCUCGGGAAUAUUUCAAUUUUAACGGAACGUGCAAAACUUGGAUUAGAAAUUGAGGCAAAAGCAUGGACACAAAAACUAGGACAAUUGCUGUCAGCAAAAUAUCAAGAGCAAUUAAGUGUAUAUGUAGACUUUAUAAAUAGCAUGAACAAAUGUUUAAAUAGGAAAAUUGAAAGUUUGGACGACAUUCGUGUUGGAAUGAAUUGUUUAGUUCAUAUUCGUGAGACAUUUAUUGAAACUGAUUGGGGACUUGAAUUAAUAGAGGAAGCGUACGCAUUAUUCAGUGAAUUUAAAAUUGACAUACCCAAAGAAGAUUAUGAACGAGUCGAUGGUUUACGAUUUAGCUACCAAGCUUUAUUACAAAAGGCUGAAAAUGUUCAAAUGGGUAUUUGUGAAAUACAAAGUAGCUAUGCUGAUGAUUUAACACACCGUAUCGAUGCAUUUGGAGAAGCUGUAAAUGCCUUUGCAAGCGAUUUUGAAAAGAAUGGUCCAAUGGUUGAGGGUAUUCCUGCUGACGAAGCGAGCAAAAGAGUUACAAUUUUCCAAGCAACAUUUGAAGAUUUAUGGGAAACAAUGGAACAUUUGUCAUCUGGUGAAAAACUAUUUGGCAUGAGCCCUAAAGAAUAUCCAAUUUUAUUGACGCUUAAACGACAAUUUGGUAUGUUAAAUCGUUUGUAUACAUUAUAUAAUGCCGUAAUGGCCACAAUUAAUGCGUAUACACAAAUUCCAUGGAGUGAAGUAGAUAUGGAAGCUGUAGCAAAUGAAGUGGCUGAAUUUGAAAACAGAUGUCGUAAAAUGCCAAAAGGCAUGAGAGAUUGGCCCGCAUUCAUUGAUUUAAGUAAUAAAAUUUCUGAUUUUAAUUCUUCCGUACCGCUAUUAACAUUAAUGGCAUCAAAGGCAAUGUUAGAACGGCAUUGGGAUCGUUUAACACAAGUGACAGGAUUUAAAUUUGAUGUUACAUCAGAAGAUUUUACUUUGGGUAAUAUUUUACAAGCACCUUUACUUGAAUACAAGUUGGAGGUUGAGGAUAUUUGUAUUAGUGCAGUAAAGGAAGCAGAAAUUGAUGGAAAAUUAAAAGCAAUUAUUGGCCAAUGGACUACUGCCCAAUUUAGACUUGCCAAAUUUAAACAGCGGGGUGAAAUUAUAUUGAACAUUGCUGACGUUCAAGAAUUACAACAGCAAUUAGAUGAUACAUUGAUGAUAAUGAAUUCUUUAAUUACAAAUAGAUUCAACGUACCAUUUCGAGCAAUCAUUGCUACAUGGGGUACAAAAUUACAAAAUACGGCAACAGUAUUAGAAAAAUGGGUAGCGGUACAAAUGUUAUGGAUUUAUUUGGAAGCUGUGUUUGUUGGUGGUGAUAUUGCAAAACAAAUGCCAAAUGAAGCAAAGCGUUUUCAGAGUAUUGAUAAACAAUGGAUAAAAAUUAUGGCAAGGGCUCGAGACAUUCCCCAAGUAAUUGAAUGUUGUGUUGGGGAUGAUUCUUUAAUGACUAUUUUACCAUUUUUAUUAUCUCAAUUAGAAAUGUGCCAAAAAGGACUUACUGGCUAUCUCGAAAAAAAACGUACUAUAUUUCCACGAUUCUUUUUCAUAUCUGAUCCACAAUUAUUGGAAAUUUUGGGCCAAGCUUCUAAUCCAGCUAGUAUCCAACCUUAUUUAUUGGGAUUAUUUGAUGCUGUAAAUGAAAUUGGCUUUGAUGAAAAAAUUCCCGAAAAAGUCGUAUCAGUUAUGUCAACAUGGCGCGAAGUUGUACCAUUAGAAAAGCAAUUCAAUGCUACAGGAGGUGUGGAGAUAUGGUUGGGAAAAUUAUUGGAUUCAAUGCGUGAUACUUUGAAUAGUUUAAUAUCCCAAGUAGAUCAAAUAUUGAGAUAUUCAACGACAUUUGAUAUUAUUUAUGCUUACCCAACAAUGAUUGGACAGGUUUCACUUUUGGCUAUACAAAUAUAUUGGACCUCAAAAGUUGAAGAAGCAUUACGGCGUUCAUUAACGGAUAAAACUGUAAUGCGUUUUGUCAACGCCUAUUUUUUGGAUGAAUUGAAUGAUUUAAUUGAAGAUACAACUAAAACUUUAUCAUCAAUGGAACGUACUCAGUUAGAAACUAUGAUUACAAUUCAUUUACAUCAAAAAGAUAUCAUGGACGAAUUGGUUCAUUUAAGAGUGAAAUCUCCCAUUGAUUUUGAAUGGCAAAAACAAGCUCGCUUCUAUUAUGGAUAUGAUUAUGACAAUUGUGUUGUACGCAUAACCGAUGUAAUAUUUAUUUAUCAAAAUGAAUAUUUAGGAGUUACAGAGCGUUUAUGUAUUACACCAUUAACAGAUCGUUGUUAUAUUACGUUAGCACAAGCGAUUUGGAUGAAUCAAGGUGGAGCACCUGCAGGUCCAGCUGGUACAGGAAAAACGGAAACAACAAAAGAUAUGGGUCGUGCAUUAGGCAAAUUUGUUGUUGUGUUUAAUUGUUCUGAUCAAAUGGAUUUUCGCGGAUUGGGACGUAUAUUUAAAGGAUUAGCACAAUCUGGUUCAUGGGGUUGUUUUGAUGAAUUUAAUCGAAUUGAUUUACCUGUGCUGUCCGUAGCUGCUCAACAAAUUUAUAUUGUUUUAAUGGCACGAAAACAUCGAGAACCGUAUUUUAUAUUUAGCGAUGGUGAUACGGUAGACAUGAACAUUGAAUUUGGUAUUUUUUUGACAAUGAAUCCAGGAUAUGCUGGCCGACAAGAAUUACCGGAAAAUUUAAAAGUAAUGUUUCGAACAGUGGCUAUGAUGGUACCAGAUCGACAGAUUAUUAUUCGAGUAAAAUUAGCGUCUUGUGGAUUUAAAAAUAACACAGUACUGGCAAGAAAAUUUUUCACAUUAUAUACAUUAUGUGAAGGACAAUUGUCGAAACAGGUACAUUAUGACUUUGGUUUACGUAAUAUAUUAUCAGUGUUACGGACAUUAGGCUCACAAAAGCGUUCCAAUCCUGAGGAGACUGAAGAAACAAUUGUAAUGCGUGUAUUGCGGGAAAUGAACGCUUCAAAAAUGACAAACGAAGAUUCUCCAUUAUUAUUGUCUUUAAUUGAUGACAUGUUCCCGGGUAUCAAAUUAAUUUCAGCUGUUAAUAAACAAUUACAAAAGGCCAUAGCAAAUCAAACGGCUGAAAUGGGUUUAAUCAAUAGUCCUGACUUUAAUUUAAAAGUUGUCCAAUUAUAUGAUACUUCUCUGGUGCGACAUGGUUUAAUGACGUUAGGGCCUGCGGGGUCUGGAAAAACAUCCAAUAUGCAUGUAUUACAACGUUGUUUUACUGAAAUGGGUCGCCCACAUUCUGAAAUGCGAAUGAACCCUAAAGCUAUUACAGCACCGCAGAUGUUUGGCCGAUUAGAUGUUGCCACCAAUGAUUGGACAGAUGGUAUAUUUUCCACAUUGUGGCGAAGAUCGAUAAAAGUGAAGCCCACAAAUUUUACAUGGCUAGUCUUGGAUGGACCCGUUGAUGCAGUUUGGAUUGAAAAUUUGAAUUCUGUUCUUGAUGAUAAUAAAACAUUAACAUUGGCCAAUGGUGAUCGAAUUGUAAUGGCAGCAAAUGCAAAAAUUGUAUUCGAACCUGAUAAUGUUGAUAAUGCCAGUCCAGCUACAGUUUCACGUAUGGGUAUGGUGUUUAUAAGUUCGUCGGUAUUAGGCUGGAGUGUUUUGGUUGAUGGCUGGUUGUUAAAACGAAAUCAACAAGAAAAUCGUAUAUUUCGCGUACUUUUUAAUAAAAUCUACGAUGAUUUACUUGGAUAUGUGAUACAGAAGUUAUUUGCAAAAAUGAAAAUUUUAGAAGCGCUUUAUAUACGACAAACUUGCGAUGUAAUUUCAGCUUUAAUGGAAAAUUGUACAAAAGAAAAUCCAACAGAUAAACACUUAGAACGAUUCUUUCUAUUUGCCUUAAUGUGGUCAUUAGGUGCAUUGUUAGAAUUAGAUGAUCGUGAUAAAUUCCAAGAAUAUGUAUUUAACCAUAAAUCAAAAUUAUUAUGGCCAAAAGUGAAUCCGAAUGAAACUAUUUUUGAAUAUACGGUCAAUGAAAAUGGUAACUGGGUACAUUGGAAUGAAAAAUUAACGGAAUAUAUCUAUCCAUCAGAUUCUGUACCUGAUUACAAUUCCAUAUUAGUCCCAAAUGUUGAUAAUGUACGAACUAAUUACUUAAUAGAUAUUACCACAAGAAUUAAUAAACCGAUAUUAUUAAUUGGUGAGCAAGGUACGGCCAAAACUGUCAUGAUUAAAGGAUAUUUAAAAGGAUAUGACCCUGAAUAUAUAUUGAGUAAAAGUUUAAAUUUUUCUUCGGCUACUUUACCAGAAAUGUUUCAGCGAAUUAUUGAAUCGUAUGUUGAAAAAAGAGUAGCCACAAGUUAUGGACCACCUGGAGGUAGAAGAAUGACCGUAUUUAUUGAUGAUAUUAAUAUGCCAGUGUUCAAUAAUUGGGGUGACCAAAUUACCAAUGAAAUUGUUCGACAAUUAAUGGAAUUUGGAGGUUUUUACAGUUUGGACAAACCUGGUGAUUUUCUAUAUAUUUUGGAUGUGCUAUUAGUUGCAGCAAUGAUUCAUCCAGGCGGUGGUCGAAAUGAUAUUCCACCACGUUUAAAGCGACGUUUUUGUAUUUAUAAUUGUACUUUGCCCAGUGAUGUCUCCAUGGAUAAAAUAUUUUCGGUUAUUAGUAGUGGAUAUUUCAAUACAACCCGGUUCCCUACUUCAAUUGUUGACAUGAUACCCAAAUUAGUACCUUUGACAAGGCGAGCAUGGCAACAAGUGAAAAUAAAGAUGUUGCCAACACCAGCGAAAUUUCAUUACAUUUUUAACUUAAGAGAUUUAUCUAGAAUUUGGCAAGGUAUUUUAAAUAUCCACCGAGAAGAGUGUAGUAAUAAGUACGUUUUAAUGCAAUUAUGGCUUCAUGAAUGUACCCGAGUUAUUGCUGACCGCUUUACGAAUUCAGAUGAUAAAAACUGGUUUUUAAAGUGUUUAGAACGUACAGCCAAGGAAAUGCUGGAGGAUGAUUUCCAAUAUUAUCCAAAGGAAACUUGUUACUUUGUUGAUUUUCUUCGAGCGCCACCUGAACCUACUGGGGAUGAACCAGAUGAUUUUGAUUUUUCAGCUCCUAAAGUUUAUGAGCAUUGGCAAAGUAAAGAAUACGUCUUGGAGAAAAUUUUUGAAUUUCAAGACUUGUACAAUGACAGUAUUCGUGGUUCACCAAUGGAUUUGGUAUUUUUUGAUGACGCAUUGACACAUUUAUUAAUUAUAUCACGUAUUAUUCGAACACCACGUGGCAAUGCUUUAUUAGUGGGUGUUGGAGGAUCGGGUAAACAAAGUUUAACCAGAUUAGCAACUUUUAUUGCUAAUUAUGUCACUUAUCAAAUCACUCUGACAAGGUCGUACAAUAUAAAUAAUCUUGUUGAAGAUUUUAAGUAUCUUUAUAAGGUUUGUGGUUAUAAAGGCGAUAGUUUAUCAUUUAUAUUCACUGAUAAUGAAAUCAAAGAUGAGGCAUUUUUAGAAUACUUUAACAACGUUUUAAGUUCAGGUGAAAUUGCAAACUUAUUCCCGAAAGAAGAAUUAGAUGAAUUAUAUGUGGAAUUAAUGAAUGUAAUGCGAAAAGUGGAUCCAUUCAAACCAACAACCCCUGAUAACUUAUAUUCAUUCUUUAUUGAUCGUUCAAGAGCCAAUUUACAUAUUGUUCUAUGCUUUUCACCGGUUGGUGAAAAAUUUCGUAACCGUUCUUUGAAAUUCCCUGGUUUGAUAUCUGGCUGUACAGUUGAUUGGUUUGUAAAAUGGCCUAAAGUUGCAUUGGAUGCUGUAGCUGCCCAUAUUCUUAGUCCUUAUGAAAUGGUUUGUACUCCAGAAGUGAAACAACAAUUAAUUUUUACUACAGCAUUCGUGCAUGACACUGUACAAGAUUACUGUGUUACAUAUUUCAAUAGAUUUAGACGACAAGUUUAUGUCACUCCAAAAUCAUUCCUAACAUUUUUGGAUUCUUAUAAAAAACUAUACGUGUUUAUGCAUGAGGAAAUUGGAAAAUUAGCCUAUAAUAUGAGUACUGGAUUAUCAAAAUUGUCAGAAGCUUCAGAAAGUGUUAAUUUGUUACGAAAAGAAUUGGAAGUCAAAAAUAAAGAAAUUGCUGUAGCAAAUAAAAAAGCCGAAGAAAUAUUAAUUAUUGUUAUGGAAGCAACACAACUUGCAACAAAAAUUAAAGAAGAAGCUGAGACUACUAAAAAGAAAGCAGAAAUACUUGUUUCUGAAAUUACCGUAUCUAAAGCUAUUGCACAUGAAAAAUUAGAAGCUGCCGAACCUGCUUUAAAAGCUGCAGAAAAAGCCUUAGAAACCAUUAAAGGAGAAGAUAUUGCUACGGUUAAAAAAUUGGGUAAACCACCAUAUGUCAUUACACUUAUUAUGGAUGUUGUCAUAAUAUUGUUUAAACGUCGUUUGAUGCCUGUUGUAAUUGAUCCAGAAAGAAAUUUUCUCACGCCCUCCUGGGGUGAAGCCUUAAGGAUUAUGGCUGGUGAUUUUUUGAAAAAUUUAGGCCGAUAUCCAAAAGAUGAAAUGAAUGCUGAACUUAUUGAUUUAAUGGAACCAUAUUUAUCUCAUGAAUUAUAUAAUUUUGAAACGGCGAAGAAAGCUUGUGGAAAUGUUGCAGGACUAACACAAUGGACUGUUGCAAUGAAAGCUUUUUAUGAAAUAAACAAAGAUGUUUUACCAUUAAAGGCAAACUUAGCAAAGCAAGAAGCAAAAUUGGAACGUGCUAUGAAUAAAUUAAACAAAGCGAUGGCCUUAUUAAAAGCUAAAGAGGAAGAGGUGGCUGCAUGCCAAAGACAAUACGAUGCUGCUAUGGAAGGAAAAAGGAAAAUUAUGGAAGAAGCUCGUUUAUGUAAAGAGAAAAUGGAUGCUGCAUCUGCCUUAAUUAUAGGUUUAUCUGGAGAGAAAGCCCGAUGGACAGAAGCAUUAAAACAUUUUAAAGAACAAAUUUUACGACUUGUUGGUGAUGUGUUGAUAUUGGUUGGAUUUCUAAGCUAUACUGGAUCAUUUAAUCAAGAGUAUCGUAAUGCCUUACUGCAACUGUGGCAAGAUGAACUUGCUCGAGCUCGAAUCCCGUAUACUGGUCAAUUAAAUAUUAUAGAUAUAUUAUGUGAUCAACCUACGAUAGCAGAAUGGGGUCUUCAAGGAUUACCAAACGAUGACUUAUCCAUUCAAAAUGGUAUUAUAGUGACAAAAGCAGGUCGUUACCCAUUGUUAAUUGAUCCUCAAGCACAAGGCAAAACUUGGGUAUCACGUAAAGAAAAAGAAAAUAAUUUAGUCACAACAACAUUAGGUGAUAAAUGGUUUCGACAAAAAAUGGAAGAUUGUAUUAGUUUAGGUUAUCCAAUGUUAUUAGUUGACAUCAUGGAAGAAUUGGAUCCAGUAUUAGAUUCGGUUUUGGAAAAAAAUUAUAUAAAAGUUGGUAAUAUGUUUAAAGUAAAACUAGGUGAUAAAGAGGUGGAUGUAUCAUUAGAUUUUCGUAUGUAUAUGACAACAAAAUUACCAAAUCCACGCUAUUCACCAGAAGUAUCUGCGCGUACAUCCAUUAUUGAUUUUACGGUAACAAUGAAAGGUCUAGAGGAUCAAUUAUUAGGACGAGUAAUCUUAUCAGAGAAACGUGAGUUAGAAGAGGAACGUUUGGCGUUAGUUGCCAGUGUAACAGCUAAUAAGCGCCGUAUGAAAGAAUUAGAAGAUAAUUUAUUAUACAAAUUAACCAGUACAAAGGGAUCUUUGGUUGAGGAUGUCACUGUGAUACAAGUGCUAAAUGUAACAAAAGAGACCGCUGCAGAUAUUGGUGAAAAAUUAGUAAUUGCCAAAGAUACCGAAAUAAAAAUUAGCGCAGCUCGUGAAGAAUUUCGCCCUGUUGCAACACGUGGCAGUGUUCUAUACUUUUUAAUUGUUUCAAUGGCUGAUGUGAAUAAUAUGUAUCAAACGUCGUUAGUACAAUUUUUAGAAUUAUUUGAUCUAUCAUUAGAACUUUCAACAAAAGCGUUUAAAAUUGAAAAACGUUUAAAAAAUAUUAUGGAUUAUUUAACAUAUGAAGUAUAUCGUUAUAAAAGUCGUGGUUUAUAUGAAGUCCACAAAUAUAUGUUUGUCUUAAUGUUAACAUUACGAAUUGAUUUACAAUUGGCUAAUAUUCAAUUGCAAGAAUUUGAAUUUAUUAUUAAAGGUGGUGCAGCUUUAGAUUUAAAUACAGCUCCGAGAAAACCUGCUAAAUGGAUUACAGAUGCAACAUGGCUAAAUUUAGUUGCGCUAUCCACAAUACCACAAUUUCAGUAUAUUCUUAUGCAGGUUGAAACUGAAGACAAAGUUUGGAAAGCAUGGUUUGAAAAACCUGCACCUGAAAAAUGUGUAAUGCCAAAUUUAUAUAGUACAUAUGAUGAUUUUCGACAACUGUUACUGAUACGUGCAUGGUGCCCAGAUCGCAUUGUCGCACAAUCACGUAAAUAUAUAGCAAGCUCACAAGGUCCACCAUUUGCUGAGCCGGUUAUUCUUGACUAUCAAAAAAUGUUCGAAGAAAGCCGUCCGAUGACACCAUUAAUAUGCUUCUUAAGUAUGGGCAGUGAUCCAACUACAUCUAUUGAAGCAUUAGCACAUAAAUUAUUAUUUAAAUGUUCUUGUAUGAGUAUGGGGCAAGGUCAAGAAGUUCAUGCAAGGCGUAUUGUUGAUGUUGCUUUGAAGGAAGGCGGUUGGGUUUUACUACAAAAUUGUCAUCUCGGAUUGGAAUAUAUGGAUGAAUUAUUGGUUUUGCUACUAGAAUGUGAAAAAAAUGGAGAAUAUCAUAAAGAUUUUCGAAUAUGGUUUACCAGUGAACCGCAUGAUAAUUUCCCAAUAGCAUUGUUACAAAUUUGCAUCAAAUUUACAAAUGAACCACCAGCAGGAAUAAAAGCUGGUCUAAAACGAACAUACUCAUCAAUAAAUCAAGAUAUGCUGGAAUAUUCCACGUUGCCAAUGUAUUUACCAUUAAUAUUUGGUGUUUCCUAUUUACAUACAAUUGUACAAGAACGCCGAAAAUUUGGUCCAUUAGGUUGGAAUAUUCCAUAUGAGUUUAAUUAUGCUGAUUGGUUUUGCUGUUGUAUGUUUGUACAAAAUCAUUUGGAUGAUUAUAUACCGUCUCGCGGUAUUAGCUGGGCAACUGUAAGAUAUAUGUUUGGUGAAGUGCAUUAUGGUGGACGAGUUACUGAUGAUUUCGAUAAACGGUUAUUAAAUACAUUCUGUCGAAGUUGGUUUGGUGAUUUUAUGUUUAGCGAAGACUUUUGUUAUUAUCCUGGCUAUGUAAUCAUGAAAUUUAAAAAUUCUAUGGAUUAUCUGCAUGAAAUUGAAGGAAUGAUGAAUGUAGAUCCACCGCAAGCCUAUGGUUUACAUCCUAAUGCAGACAUCACGUAUCAAAGUAAUGCAGCUACGGCAAUGUUGAAUCAAAUUUUGAGUAUUCAACCCAAAGAAGGUAGUGUGGCUGGAGGUGAAACACGAGAGGUUGUUGUUGGACGAUUGGCAACUGACAUGUUAUCAAAAACACCAAAAGCUUACGACCCAUUUGAAGUUCGUGAUAGAAUGAAAAUAAUGGGAGUCACUGCACCAAUGAACAUUUUCUUAAAACAGGAAAUUGAUCGAAUGCAAAAAGUGAUUAUGUUAGUGACAUCCACGUUAAAAGAUUUAUUAUUGGGCAUUGAGGGUACAAUUAUUAUGAAUGAGGAUUUGCAACAAUCAUUUGAUUGUAUGUAUGAUGCAAGAAUACCACCGAAUUGGUUACGAUUCUCUUGGGAAUCAUCUUCACUUGGAUUUUGGUUUACUGAAUUAUUAGAACGUAAUGCACAAUUUCGUAAUUGGUGUUUUAUUGGUCGGCCAAUGAGUUUUUGGAUGACUGGAUUUUUUAAUCCACAAGGCUUUCUAACAUCAAUGAGACAAGAGGUUGCUAGGGCACAUAAAGGUUGGGCCCUGGAUGCUGUAGUUUUACAUAAUGAAGUUACCAAAAACCAAACACAAUUCGACGUUAAAGUUCCUGUAUUGGAAGGUGUAUUGGUUUAUGGAUUAUACUUAGAUGGUGCUGGAUGGGAUAAAAGAAAUUUGAAAAUGAUUGAAGCUACGAAUAAAAUAUUAUACGCACCAUUACCCGUUGUACACAUUUACGCUAUUUAUUCAACAGCCCCCAAAGAUUAUAAACUAUAUGUGGCACCUUUGUAUAAAAAACCAAAGCGUACUGGAUUAACUUAUAUAGACACACUAUGGUUGCCAAGUGAUACACAUCCAGAUCAUUGGAUACUCCGUGGAGUAGCCUUGUUAUGUGAUACUAAAUAA